ACAUGCAGAAGAUACUGAAGUGUGAAGUAGAACAAUCAUAGAUCUCUUCCCCAGUUGGCAUCAUUUGUUCUCUUCAACUGAACAUGCAAACCCCUACUACAGGGGCAAAACACUAUGUAUGCUUCUCAGGUCACAGCAAAAGAUCGAGCCAUUAAAUAUGCGCAUAUGAUGUGCUCAGUUAAACAGGAUUCCUUUGAAAAUUGUGAUCCCUUAAUUCCAACUUGCAGGUGCCAAGACAGACAAUCCUUUUCUUAUUACCCCUCAAAUUUCUUUCGAGUUACAACCAAAUACCAAUCAAAUGUUUUGAAAGUUCAAGUGAAGAUCUGAAAACUUUAUACCUUUGCAUCGUUGCAACGCACAUCACGAAUAAAGAAGAUAAUGCAAGCAGAUGAGGACGUAGGCAAGAUUGCAUUGGCUGUGCCUCUUUUAGUUUCAAAAGCUUUGGAGUUAUUUUUGCAAGAUCUUUGCGACAGGACUUAUGAAGUUACUCUACAGAGAGGGGCCAAGACAGUGAAUUCAUUGCAUUUAAAGCAAUGCGUGAAGAGCUAUAGUGCUUUUGAUUUCCUGACCGAUGUUGUCAAUAAGGUACCAAACCUUGGAGGAACAGAACCUUAUGGGGAUGAAAAAGGAAUUUCCAGGAGAAGAAAGACCCUGCCUCAUGAUGGCGAUGUGGAGACCAACCAGGAGUUGAGGUCCCCCAAACUGGCAAUGAGGAGUGCUAAUAUUGGUCCAAGAGGACGUGGAAGGGGUAGAGGAAGAGGCAGGGGUCGGCCAAGAACAAGGGGUAUCGGGUGCGUAAAAUAUGAGGAUGACAAUGACAUGUUUCAUGAACUUGGUGACCUGUCGAGGGAAAUCGACGGUGAAGAGAAGCCCCUAAGUGGGAAGGAAGACAUGGCUCAGAGCGCAGAUCCUCCCUGCAACUCUGCGUCGGUCAUGGGUGCAACUUCAACUGCAGAGGCUAAGCAAGAAGGGUGUUCUGCUUGGCCUUUGCCUGAUGUAGUGGCCAACAUUGGCAUUGAACCAUCAAGCCUUGUACAAUUAAACAUGCAGAUAGAUGAGGAUGAGGAUUAUGACAAUGAAGAUUAGUGGAUUGCUGGUUGACUUCCUAUGGCUAUUAACGAAGCAGUCUCGUCUUGUAUUGAAUAUCACACUAUGACUGCAGGUAUAUUAUAAAAAUUAGUUAUUUUCAUCA